AUGCUAGGCAUAGAAGACUAUGGCAGCGACGUCGACAGUGAAAACGAAGCACUGCCCACUGCGUCGUUGUCUAAACCAAAAUCACCAGCACUAGCGCCAUCGAAACCCUCAGGCCUCUCCCUCCCUGCACUCAAAUCAUCUGGCUCGUCAAGUUUCUCACUCCCACCACCAACCAAAACAAAACGCACAAAGAAGAUCGAAAUCACGCUCCCCUCACUUCCUUCAAAUGAUUCUGAUACAGACGACCGACCACCAGCCAAGAAACCCCGAAUCACACCUAGCAAAGGGGCAGGCGCGUCAUCCCUUCUCAACAUGCUACCCGCGCCUACCCAGCCUCUGCCCGUCAAACUCAAGAAGGUUGAACGCGUGCUUGGAGGCGGAAACGGUCCAGGGCUACUGUUUCAUGCACCAGUGAGCGUGCAAGAGGAUGGCGAAGGAGAUGGCGAGGAGGCAUCCACGGCUUUCCUACCCCCUUCGCUCAAGAAGGGCAAAUCCAACGUCGACCUAGAUCGUGAGGACCAUAAGCCUCAAGCGCUGUCAAAGGCACCCGCUGUGAACUUCUUCUCUCUUGGCACCUCUUCAAGAACUAAUUCUACAGCGCCCUCUACAUCCACGCCAUCAAGCACAUCUAUACCAACUGUCUCAUCUGCCCCUGAGGUGACCUCGUUCACUCCCCCAACUCCGACACCUACCGAUCCCUACCCUGGAUACUACCUCCUCCCCUCUGGUGCCUGGGCCGCUCACGAUCAAGCAUAUUACGCCACAUUCGUCAAAAAGUGGCAGAAAGAGUAUGACGCCCAGGUCCGUGCGCUCGAGCGAGGUGAGGUGGAAAGAGAGGCAGAAGAAGCGGCGGAGGUCAACAUGCAGACAGAGAUGGAGAAAGCGCGGAAAGAGAUAAAGGAGAGGGAGGACAGGAAGGCUCUUACGGGCAUCAAGACUGGUGAGCCAGAAGGACCACGGAUGAACAUACAGGGCGCAAAACUGGGCUCGACAGCCCGUUCACGACAUCAAUUGACGACGCUCCUCACAGAUGCUUACCACAAUCGGGAGGCACUGGAGGAGAAGAUCGCACAGGCACGCAGGAACAGGAAAGAGGCAGGGAACAAGUAUGGUGAGUGUCUUUUCCCCUGUGGCCUCUCCGUUACAUAUCACUUCAAUCUUCCAGGUUUCUAG